AUGUCUUCUCCAAAGAUCAUCCUAUACACCAGCCGCCUCUGCCCCUGGGCACACCGUGCACACAUUGCCCUCAAGGAAUCUGGCCUUGACUAUGAAGAAGUCACAAUUGAUUUGGGCAAGCCCCGAGAGCCGUGGUACCUUGAAGUCAACCCACGCGGCCUGGUCCCCAGUCUUUCCUACAAUGGCGAGAUAAUCACCGAGUCCGGCAUUGUUGCGCAGUUCAUCGCAGAUGCCCACCCAUCCCACCUGUUGCCUGCAUCGGGCCCGGCCGACAACGCCCUCUACCGCGCUCAGCUCUCCUUCUUCGUCGACGCUUUCUUCAGCAAGGUCCUACCCCACUUCUUCAGCAGUAUCAAAGCAGCUACUGAAGGUGAACGGGAUGAGGCAGCCGAGCUGCUCGCUGCCGCCGUCGUCAAGGAGAUCGAGCCCCUGCUAGCCGCUACAGAGGGCAAGGGUCCUUUCUUUGGUGGUAGUGAUAAGCUUACCCUGGCCGAGGUUCAGGCUGGUUCCUUUUUGUUGAGGAUUCUGGGCUUCGCGAAGCCUGAGCAUGGUCUCGUCAGUGCGAAGCUACCCGGUUUGCUGCAGCAGGCUCCUAAGUUCAAGCGCUGGGCUGAGGCGACUGUUGCUCAUGACAGUGUUAACUUUAUCUGGGACGAGAAGCUUGUCGCUGACAAGAUGAGGGCUAAAUUUGCCCCUAAGGUUUAG